AUGCUCAGUCUACUCGCCUCGCGCCUGCGUCCCGCCUUCGCUCCCCUCGCCCACGCCGCCCCACCCGCCCUCGGCCGCCUCGACCGUCACGACCGCGCGCCCAACAGUCGAGUGCCUCUUGCCCGUCUUGCCCGCACCCGCCUCCUGUCCAGCACACCCGUCCGCCUCGCCUCGGCGCUCGACCUCGACUCGCCGCCGCGCUCCUCGUCCUCGAGCUGCUCGUCACCCGGUCGAGCCGGCAAGAUCCCGUUCCUCCAGCGCGAGUCGAAGACGGCCAAGGUCAUCGAGUACGACCCGCUCGCGAGGGUGCGCAGCGCGCUCGGCAAGAAGGUGCCGACGGCGUUCCCCAAGAUCCUCGACCACCGCCUCGUCGACCUCCUCGCCGGCCGCAAGUCGAACGGGCUCGACCCGGUGUUCAGCUCGGCGUACCACCCCGAGGUCCUCGAGUUCCUCGGCGACCGCAUCUGGGACGUCGUCGUCUCGCAGACGCUCGUCCUCCUCGCCGCGAGGGGCAAGGGCUCAAAGAUCCUCGGAACGAUUGGCGCCAAGAGCGGGCACUUGCUCAGCAACGCGCACGGCGCCGUGCUCGCCAAGGAGUUCAAGCUCGUCCACUGGUCGGGCAGGUCGUGCUGCGGCGGCAAGGGCUCGUGCUCGAACGACGCCGCCGCCGACGCGUGGGAGGCGCACCUCGGUGCCCUCUUUCUCGCCAACGGGCGCCAAGCCGUCCUCGACUUCCUCGUCCCGCUCGUCAAGCGCGACUUCCUCAAGCCGGUUGCGCCAAAGCGUGCCGUGUCGCCGGUCGUCGCGCCCGCCAAGGUCCAGACCGCCAUGAUCGUCGCCGUCCAGCCGUCGCUAGCUCUCGUCAAAGCCGUCUCGGCAGCAGACGUCGACCGGCCCUCGCCACCUGUCGUCGCUUCGCCCGCAGCACGUGUCGCUCAGCCGCCCUCGGCGCCUGUCGCUCAAGCCCCCUCGGCACUCGUCGUCGACCCGAGCGUCGUUCUCGACUCGUGGCAGAGCGCGUUCGCCGCUGCCGAGACGUCGACCGACCACCCGCCCCUGCGCAAAGCUCCCAAAGGGUCGCUCACCAAGAAGCCGCUCGUCUAUCGGUCGCACAAGCUCGCCAUCCAGAACGUCCUUGCCGACCUGAAGGAGCGCGGCGCCGACCACCGCGUGGUCAAGGUGACGCCCAACAGGUACCGGCUCCACGUCGCAAAGGAUAUAGCGUUGGUCGCCAAGGGCGCCCUGCCCGAGUCGGACCGCGUCGGCUUGUUUGUCUCGAAGCUCGUCAAAGCCGGCCUCGUCAAGAUCUCCAAGAAGCCGACCAAAGCCCUCCCCAAGGUCGGGGCGCCGGCCGCCCCUCCUUCGUCCAAGGGUUUGUGAUUCGCCUUCUCUCGCGCUCGAACCCCUCUUUCAGCCCCUCCUCGUGGACACUUUCAUACCUCGCUCCUCGCAUACCUUGCAUGUCUCUCGUACACCGUCUGCAACUCGCAUAGUCUCUCCGUC